AAGAAAGACGUGCGUGCGCGCGUGCGACAGCGGCCCGCUGAGGGCGCGACUUGUGCUCGCGGGCCGCCUUUCCCGCCCAUUGCACAAAGGGGGCAGCCGGCUCGCUUCGGCCCGUCGGCAUGGCCGGCGCAGAGCGCGUGGCGGCCGGCGGCCGAGGAGGGAAACUCAGCCUCAAGCGCAAGAGGCAGCCGGAGCUGCCGGCGGCAGACGACCUUCUUCCUCCUCCUCCUCCUCCUCGCCGGCCCCACAGCUGUUGCUGGUUUGAUGAACAAGGCUUAAGCGACGCUGAAAGCACAUGGAUGACGUUACUCAGGUCUGUGGACCCACAUCUGAAUCGCUCAAGUUUAGAAAAAGAAGUCAACCUUCCAGAGUUUCUUACAAAGAGCUCUCAAACUGCAAGUCCUCAGCCAAACCCAGAAACAUUUAACAUUGGAGUGAAACAGUUUCAGUGGGCUCCAUUUCCACUUUACCAUGCAAACAAGUUGAGAAGUCUAAAACACUCUGAAAAUGGAACUGUUGCUUUAACCGAAACAGACUAUGAUGCAGGUGGACAGCUCAGUGUCAUUCCCUCUGUUCUCCUGGAGCAAUCCCCCCUUCCAGCCAAUAUGAAUACUGCUGAGGAAAUGGGAAUUAGACACAGCAUAAAACAUUCCACUGAACGGGAAGGUAGAGACAUGAACGAAAUGCAUCCAUGUUCAUCUCAACAGAAAUCAUCAACAGCUGCAGAGAACCAUCCAAAAAAGUCUGAGUUCCAAAAACUACAGAAAGGAACUGCUAGACAGAGUGAAGGAAAAAGUGAAAAGGGAAGAUUAAGAAAUAAUGAUACUUUGUUUAAUGAAGCCACAUUGACGUUACCUGCACAGGAGUGUCCUGCUAGUUUCAGUAUCAGUGAUGAAGAAAAAACAGAAAAUCAUAGGGAGGAAAUCUUAAGUCUCCGCCAGUGUCCUAUGUGUCAGAUCCACAUUACAGGAACGUGGUCAAAACUGGACCUUGAUAGUCAUCUUGCUAAAUGUUUGUCUGAAAGCGCAGAAGAUGUAAUUUGGUAACUAAGAAGAACAAAUAAAUUACUGGAGAACAGCCAACACUGACUAGUAGUCAAGAAAUUUGCAGCAGUCUACCACGUAGCAUGAAAGCCAAAAAGGAGGUCAAGCGCCAUGUAUUUUGUUUUGCUUUAUAUCCUGCUAUCAGGUCUAUACUGCUGAUGGCUGUGGGCACAUCAGUGAAGUCUGGAUGUACAUUUGAUUACACAAUGGCUUAUGUUUCUAGUAAAAGCAGUACUGUAUGACUAAGGGACAUAUUAUGAUGUCCCAUUCACUGUACAGAAUUAUCUGCUUCAGUGGGUUUGGGGGAUAGGGCUUGUUGAAAAUUAAAUAGCCAGCCAGACACAGUGCACUUUAAAUUGUCAUAAAAAGCUUUCAAUAAAAAGAUAGCUGGACAUUC